AAGCAAACCCACUCUCAGUUUUCUCCAAUUAAAAUUGGUGCUGAUUAUAAAACUGCAACAAUACAUUGUAAAUCUUCUAUAAUAUAAAAAUGAAUCGCUGAAUGUGUUGCUAAGCGCAAAUCUCGAGAACAGCUGAACCGAUAUUGAUAAUUCUUUUUUUAGAAUAUUCCUUGAAGUACGAGGAUGGUUCUGCCGCAGAGAUUUUUUUUUAAAAAUGCCUGAAAAAUCUAAAAACAACAUUUCUAUACUCCCAUACAAACGAUUCGUAAUAAUACUUGAAAGCCAAUUUGAACUAUAAUACCAUACCAUAAAUUUCGAAUGUUAGUGGAGAGGUUCCGGGAAGGCUAAACAAUUGAGUGACGUGAAGUCAAUAGAAUAUUUGGAAAAGGCAAAUAUACCAUUUUCAGGUUUUUUUUAUAAUUAUAUGAAGAGUCAUUUUAGUCUACACUACAGCUCUAUACCGAAGCGAAGCCAGUGCAGGCUACUAGUGUUAUAAUAAAAACAAAUUGUUCCGAAUCAUCUUAUAAGAUACAUUGAUACAGCUUCCGCUGUCAAGCUUAGCUGUGUACACUAGUGCUCUCGAAAUUUUUACCAAUCUUCGUCAAAAUAGUGUGUAUUGUUCUGCAAAAUUGUAGUAAAAGUGUAGCCCAAGUUACAAUCUUUCAGUAGUGGUGUUAUCUCUUAAAGUUAGUAAAGAAAAAGAACAAAUAUUAAGCAAACAGUUUGUGAUAUUUGUUCUUAUUAAAUAAUUAAUAAUCAAUCUACCCGCGGCAAGCCGCAGCGGCGAAUCUUUGCGUCGUUCGUGCUACAUUCAAGCGUUCUAGUCAACUUGCCUGUUCGUAAGUGCUACGUUCAAACGAUCAAGUCAACUUGCCCGUCACGCUUUACUAGUUUUGACGACUAUUUUUCUCGGAUAAAUUAAGAUAGAUUGAGAUGGCUUCAGGAAAAUUACUGUAUUGUGCGGGAUGUCACAGCAUAGUAGAUGGAGCAAAAUUUAUGACUUGCAUAAAAUGUAAGCAGAUAUUUGACAUACUAUGUGCAAAUUACUCUGAAAAUAUAUAUGCAUCUCUUUCAUUAGAAUUUAAAAAGUCCUAGGUUUGUGUGGAAUGUCGCAGCAAAAUUCCGAGAGGUGAUAAUUCGCAUACUCCUGUUCGUCAACAGCACCAAAU